AUGGGCAAGACCAACAAGUAUUACACCUGCGCAUUUUGCCCAAAGGGCCUCUUCCCCAAUUCUACCAAACUAAGGGACCAUCAACGGAAAAAGCAUGCCAACCGAUGGAUCCAGUGUUCAGAAUGUAACGAAAAGUUUCUGAAGUCGGUUUUCCUUACUCAUCAGAAAAAGAAGCACCCUAACUCCCAGCCUGGGUAUGAGGUCGCUCCUCCCACUCCAGGUCCAGAAGCUCCAGACUCAUCGAUUCCGGAAGAUGGAGGUCAGAAUGCUGAUCCCAUGGACCACGAUGAUCCGGAUCUCCCCGGUCCAGGACCAGCUACUCUCCAAAUGGGGAUGCGGAAUCUCCCACGCGAGGAUCCAUUGGAAAAGGAGAACCAGAAUCUUCCUGUUGACACAUUUUUGUUACCUUUCAUAGAAACCGAGAUAAUUGAGCUCAAAAUGGCAGCUCAAAUCGAGGAAGAAGAAAUGGAACUGGACGAUGAAGAAGCAGCUCAUGGAGCUGAAGAUGUUGAACAAGUCACAUGCUGCUCCCGCGAACUUCGUGCUCGGUACAACGUCCCAAACAAGCUCUGCGCAGAAGAAUCCGAGUGCCAAAACGAGGCGAGAAUCUCACCGAAUGAUGAAUUCAUGGGGUUGAUCAAGCCAAGCAGUAAUGGAAGAGACUACUGCAUGCAGUGCUUCGCUAGGUCCAAUUCGUUCAAAUGCAAGUUAUGCGUGGAAAAAGAUGCCCCGAUGGUUUUGGAUGCUCAGAAAGGAGGCUCAAGAUUGGUUACUGCGAUGGAGGAGAAGUUGAAUUCGAUUCUGAGAGCGAAGCUAGGUUCCAAGGACGCUGAAAGAAAUAGAAUCUCAGUUCGAUCGAUGGCCUUCGAGAAGAAAUAUGGACAGGCGAUUUGUUAUAAGACUCGAACCAUUGCCGUCUUCCAAAGACAAGAUGGAGUGGACCAAGUGUUCUUCAUGAUGUUUGUCAGGGAAUAUAAAUCCACCUUCGUGAUCGACUACUUAGAUUCCGUCAAGUACUUGGAGGCAGACCUUCGGAAGCAGAUCUACCCGGAGAUCCUAUUGGCCUACUUUGAUUUUGCCAGGACUCUAGGAAUUCUUCAUGGAUAUAUCUGGGCGAAGCCUCCAGUCAAAGGAGAUGACUUCAUCUUCAAUAUCCACCCAGAAGAUCAGCCAUACUUGGACCUCAAUAGGCUGAUCGGUUGGUAUCGAGGUAUUUUGGACAAAGGAGUGCGAGAGAAGAGGAUCAAGAAGUACGAAGAUUUUGGAGAAAAGAAGAUCAAGAAAACCGAGGACUUGCCGCUGUUCAUAGACUCCCUUUGGACCAAGAAAAUGAAGGAGGUGGAGGAGCGACCAAGGACGGAUAAGAAGCAGUUCGACCAAGACAUGGACUAUCAUAUGAAGAACCAUCAUCAGAAGGACAACUUCUUCAUUGAGCUAGUGCAAGGAUGUGAGCUGGAGGAUGACGACACCCCAACCACCAGCCACGCAUGGAUCAUGGAUAGCCUGAUGUUCCGGGAGCAUUGCCGCGAAAACAACUGGGAAUUCGGAUGUCGCGAGAGGGCCAGAUUCAUCCAGAAUACUGUGCUAUUGUCCUCAACAUCCAGAAGCGUCUUCUUUUCUUCUAUCGUUUCCUGCUUCAAUCCAUCGUCGUCUCCAGAAUCCGCCCGUCUUCAUUUUCUUUUUCCUGUCCGCUUCCAGUCAGUCUGA